AUGUUUGGGGCAACGUUUCCUUUUAGCCAAGUUGGCUCUGCCGCUGAUGCCGCUGCUGCCGCUGCUAAUGCGAAUGCUUCCGUUCCGAACCAAGGGCUUCUUGGUAGAUCGGGGAAGCUCACGAAUGAAGAACGGCCAACGGCCAUCAUCCCUGGCUCCGGGAGGAAGGGCUUGGGAAACGCCGUGCAUGCUGGGAGCAAGUAUUGGGUGCAUCCCGUCGAUGCUACUGGCGGAAGCUCGCAGCAAGACUACUCUAUUCCGGAUGCAGUUUUGCCUACAUAUCAGGCCCUCGGCAAAUACUCCAUUACCGCCCGCAUAUGCAAUGCGAUGCGUCCUCGUCCGCACAUCACCCACGCGAGCAUGCGGGCCUCGUCCCUGGAGAAGCCAAUAGGCCGAUUUUCUGAAGCCGCCGGUUGCACCUCGAAGCCAGCUCAAAGGCACGCAUUGGCCUCCUCAGCAUCAAUGCGCGACGCCUCGACGUUGUUCUAG